AUGGCACGAGGUUUUCUGAAACAGAGGUACAGGGACUCGUACUAUGGUUUACCUAACAUGCAUGGAGGAGCAAAGCGGCGGGGCCAGGCGGAGCUGAGCGGCAGGCCGAGCGGAGGAUCGGUGGCUGGGAGGAGCUCUGGUGGCAGAGCUGGCCGGAGGUGCUGCAGGUGGCGGUGGGAUGGGCGGCAGUGGGCCGCAGGUGGCGGCUUGGGAGAAGAGGAGGCCAGGAAUGCUGCAGGUGGCGGCCAAGCCGGGCAGCCAACAGCACAGGGAGGCGACGGCCAGGCGGCGGGAAGGCCAGGGAGCUGGGUGCCUGGUGGUGCUGCAGGGCCAGGCUGGGUGGCGGCAGCGAAGCCAGGAGCUGCAUGGCCGGCGGGGGCCGGAGACCGGGAGUUGCAUGGCCGGCGAGGGCUAGAGACUAAGCCUUCGAGAGCCAGGGAAACAAUAGUAGUAGCCAGAGAAGGACAAAGGGGCCGUCGGCGGGGGCCACAGGGGCCGGACUAA